AUGACUUCCUUCCUCCAUUCUGUUCGCGGUGCCUUCCUGCUCGCCGCCUUGUUUGCCUUCCUGUUCAAUGUUUCCUUGGCUUUACCGCAAGCUGAUGGAACUCCAAAGGACUUCAAAUUACUCACAAAGGCAGAGAUAAUCCAUUCGGCUGAAGUUGGGGAUCUCGAGAUUGUUCCAGGCCCUGGACUUCCCUCCCUCGAAUCGCUGAACCUCACGUCUCGCGACCUCGUCGUUCGAGCGUUCGAGCGUAUGGAGCGAAUUAAAGAGUCCCAUGACGAUUCUCUCGAGAAACGCUACACUCCAACCUGCGACAAUGUGCUCAUGUAUGGAGAAGGAGGGUGGUUCUGUUUCGAGUACCUCCUCUCCCUCGGCCAGGCGAACUGCAUUGUUCCUCCGUGGGGAGCUAGGUUCUGCCAUACCAAUUAUAGCGUCUAUGUGUAUGAAGUAGCCUGGUAUGGGGCUACGAACGGUCUCGGUCCUAACGAUUGGACGCAGUCGAAAUGCCACGAGGUCGCCAAUGCUGGAAUAUGGAUUUUGCACAACUGCCAUACGCCUUACGGCGGGGCUCAGAUGCAACAUGGAGGAACGGAGGCCCCCUGGAAUAACCAGAACUUGGUUGUUCGCAUUGGACACAAGGGCUGGUGGGACAAUCAACUGGGAUUCUGA